ACAGACGGCAACACACAGGCAUAUACUCCUAUACAUUCGAAGUGGUCACAUCAUAAAACCUUUUUUAACUCCACUGGUUCUCUCUCUGUCUCUCUCAAGGACCAUUUCAAUGGCUUCCGAAGCACAAAGCAGCGCCCCAGACAAUCUUCCUCUGGUUCUGAUUCAUCGAAUCCCACCUUUCGAACUCUCCUUCAAAUCAUGGCUUCCAACCCGAUUCCGCCUCCUCGACCCGUUAGACCCCUCCUUCUCCUCCCCACAGACCCAGUCUCUGGUCUCAUCCGUACGCCUCCUCCUCUGCCUCGGUCCCUCCCCUCUCACCUCCGACACUCUCGAUCGCUUCCCCUCCGUCCAGUGCGUCGUCGGCUCCAGUGCCGGCCUCGACCACGUCGACCUCGCCACCUGCUGCCGCCGCGGUAUCACUGUCACCAACGCCGGCGACGCCUUCUCCGCCGACGCCGCUGACUUCGCCGUCGCUCUCCUCAUCGACGUUCUCCGCCGUGUCUCCGCUGGCGACCGGUUCAUUCGUGCCGGGUCGUGGCCUGCAAAGGGACAGUACCCUCUUGGUUCCAAGUUAGGUGGAAAACGGGUUGGGAUCAUUGGGCUAGGAAGUAUUGGAUCCAUGAUUGCCAAAAGGCUAGAGCCCUUCGGCUGCAUCAUUGCCUACAACUCGAGGAGGAAGAAGCCAAACGUUUCAUUUCCUCACUACGAAAAUGUCAUGGACCUGGCAACAAAUAGUGAUGCUCUAAUUCUUUGUUGUGCAUUGACAAACGAAACCCACCACAUGAUCAACAAGGAUGUCAUGACCGCACUGGGAAAGGAAGGCGUCAUUAUUAAUGUUGGUCGUGGGGCCCUCAUCGAUGAAAAGGAACUGGUGCGGUUUUUGGUGAAGGGCGACAUUGGAGGAGCGGGUCUUGAUGUGUACGAGGAAGAACCUGAGGUGCCGAGAGAACUGUUCGAGUUGGACAACGUUGUUUUGUCACCACACAGAGCUGUUGCAACCCCAGAAGCAUUUGUGGCACUGCAAGAGGUAGUCAUAGCCAACAUAGAGGCUUUCUUUGCGAAUAAACCUUUGCCGUCGCAAAUUGAGCUUGAAUGAAAGUGAUUAUCUGUUUUUUUUUUUUUUUUUUUUUUAACAUAAUGUGACACAUUUGAGAUUUGUCAAUAAAGGCAUUAUUGCUAUAAGAUCAACUGAUGUUGAGCAUCCACAUACUUUUGUGAAGUUAUAAUUAAACCAAAGGAGCUAAUGUUGGGGUUCAAUUGCUAAAUUGAAUUCAGAAGUUUAAUUUGGGUA